AUGGACGCCGCCAACACGCACACCCUUGGAGGUCGACCCAGUAGCUGCGGUGGCGGUGUUGGAGGAGGAGGAGGCGGCGGAGGCGGAGUAGGUGGUGGUGGUUCAGGAAUGCCAGGAGCAGGGGCCGGCAGUUCAAGUCCGCAGCAAUUCUGCCUUCGAUGGCAUAACCAUCAGGCGAGUCUGCUGAGUUCGCUACCGAUACUACUCGAUCAGUCGCACCUAACGGAUGUAACGCUAAUGGCGGACGGGCAGAAGAUUAAGGCGCAUCGGGUCGUGCUGAGCGCGUGCAGUACGUUCUUCUCCGAGCUGUUUCGCACACUGGACGGAGCGCAAUAUCCGGUGGUGGUUCUACCCGGUGCCUCCUACCACGCCGUGGCUGCGCUGAUCACCUUCAUGUACUCUGGCGAGGUGAACGUGUACGAGGCUCAGAUAUCGGUGCUACUCUCGCUGGCCGAGACACUGGGCAUCAAGGGUUUGGCCGAUUUCAAUGGGAACCCUAACAAAUCAACAACACCAUCCACCGAAGCGUCCUCUUCAAGGGAUUCCGACGUACCGUCCCCAUAUCACACGAUGAAAGUGUCCUCACCCGUCGACAGCUUCUUCCCGCGGACGCCGUACCACUUUGGGUCACAAAUCUUUCCGCAAGCCCUCAACCUAGCCACCAAUUCUGGAGCGUCCAAUAGCCCGCAAUCGUCGGCAGCUAACAAUGGAAGCUCCAGUGGUAUUCUUCCCGGAAAUGAUAGUAACGGGCAUGCCGGUGGAAGUAACUCCGUUGCCAGAAAUCACGCCACAUCGAAGACAACAACACCGAUCCAUAUGUACGCUCGGUAUGACCCCGAUCGGAAUGAACCACUAUCGACGGAGACUCUCUGGAAGAUGAACGAACUGAGCCGACUGGCGGAAGAUGCGAUGAUGAAGGAAAAACAACAUCAUCCUCCGCACCGUUCGGGUACGCCGCUUCGUCUGGCGCAACAUCAACACGCACUAGCACCGCCCGCCAUCUUCGGUAACGCUGGUAACGCUAGUGACGGUUCCAGGGACUGUAAGCUAGCCAAUGGCCCGCUACUGCUCGGCAUGAAGUUGAAGGAGGAAGAUCUUUCCGAUACCAUGCAGCAGUUGAGUCAAUCGUACGGUUCGGUACCGACUACACCGACUGCCCAAACACCAGGUUUGGACGAUGCCGGGCGUGUUACCCACCAAGUGGGUAACGCUCGCAAGACAUUGAACGCGCAGGAUACGGUCACAAACAAGCGGAAGAAGCUGGAGAAAAUUACGGAAAACUUACCCUUGCAGUCGGUGGCCAACGUGGCCAACUCGUUCGAGCGACAGUUGUUAGGCUUUAAGCCGUCUGCCGAACAACAGGGUAACGGAAAACAACAUUCGCUGUCGUUGCAGCAAUUCAGCAAACCACCCACCGUGACCCCAGUCAGUAGCAUGCAGGGUUCUUACCUAGCGCACAACUUCCUCACCAACGAAGGCGCCUCGAAGACGCCGGAAAAUUUUAGCCUAGAGUCGUCGCACCCGAAUGCGGCUUCCAACACGAACACACGCGCAUCGCCCAUUGGUACGGCCACGACUCUAGCGAUCACUACCCUACCGGGCACCAUGUCAGGAGGUGGUGGAGGAGCAGGAACAGGAGAUAAUGAAAGCCUCAUCAAGUCGCCUCUUCUGGAGCAUUCAUCUCAACUAGCGGCAAUGCAACAGCAGCAGCAGCAACCUUCGCCAAAGCCGCCAUCUUCGAAGCUCUACGCCACGUGUGUGAUCUGCAACAAGCAGCUCAGCAAUCAAUAUAACCUUCGCGUUCACCUGGAAACGCAUCAAAACGUACGAUACGCUUGUCAGGUGUGUUCUCACGUGUCUCGCAGCAAGGAUGCACUGCGCAAGCACGUCUCCUACCGGCACCCGGGAACACCAAGCCCCUGCGAUCCGGAAACCAAGCGGAAGCGCUCGAAAGUCAACUCAUACGGGCAAUUGCCAAAGCAGGACGUACUCACUGACCAGCAGGCCGCUGCCAUCCUGAACCAGCAGCAGCAGCAGCAACAGCAACAGACCACGAACCUUCUCGCCACCCUAACCUCCCAGGGCAGCGUUAUUCCAUCGAUUCUACAGUCGAUGGUCGCGCACCACAAGUCCGCACUGCUGUUCAACCAAACCGCCACGGCCAACGCGUUGAUUUCUUCGGCCGGCAACUCGUCGCUUCCGCCCUCCUCCAUGACGGAAUUCACGGGAGCGCCGACCAGCGAAGGCAAGCGUGACAGUGAGCUGGAGUGCGAGCCGAAGGCCGACCACGACAUCAAAACGGAGGACCAGAAGUCCGACAACAAUUCUAACAAUCUCACUACUCCGAAGAAAUCCGACAAAGACAUUUAA